UCUCUCAGUCGAACAGAACCCAGCAGUUCUCCGGUCCAGUUGGCAGAAUGACAACCACGGCACUCAAGUUCGCCCGUCACAUGGAGCGAGCCCAGGGCAUCGGGACCAACAGUAAUGCAGUCAAAUUCAGCAAGCAGGACUACAGCUCCCUGAAGACCCAGUGCCUGGAAAAGGGAGUUCUGUUUGAGGACAACCUUUUCCCUGCGAGCCACAGGUCCCUGGGCUACAACGAGCUGGGGCAGUACUCCUCCAAAACCCGGGGCUUGGUCUGGAAGAGGCCAAAGGAGCUGUGCCCCAACCCCCAGUUCAUCGAUGGUGGAGCCACAAGAACGGACAUCUGCCAAGGAAUGCUGGGUGACUGCUGGCUCCUGGCCGCCAUCGCCUCUCUUACGCUCGAUGAGGAGAUCCUGGCCCGUGUGGUUCCUCCGGGACAGUCUUUCGAUGAGGACUAUGCUGGGAUCUUUCACUUCCAGUUCUGGCAGUAUGGAGAGUGGGUGGACGUGGUGAUCGACGACAGGCUGCCCACCAGAGACGGGGAGCUGCUGUUCGUCCACUCGGCCGAGUCCUCCGAGUUCUGGAGCGCCCUGCUGGAGAAGGCCUACGCCAAGGUGAAUGGCAGCUACGAGGCCCUGGCUGGUGGCACUACCACAGAGGGCUUUGAGGACUUCACCGGCGGGAUCUCAGAAAUCUACACCAUGGACAAAGCUCCCCCGCAGCUCUUCAAAAUCAUGCAGAAAGCCCUGGGCCUUGGGUCCCUCUUGGGCUGUUCCAUCGAUAUCACCAGUGCCUAUGAUUCAGAGGCGCUGACCACACAGAAGCUGGUGAAAGGCCACGCCUACUCCGUCACUGGGGCUCAGGAGGUGACCGUGGGCGGCAGGACCGUGGAGCUGGUGCGAAUCAGGAACCCCUGGGGACAGGUGGAGUGGACAGGGGCCUGGAGCGAUGGGUCACAGGAAUGGGACGGCGUUCCCGAAGACGAGAAGGAAAACCUACAACGCGCAGCUGACGACGGCGAAUUCUGGAUGUCCUUUGUAGACUUUAAGAGACAGUUCUCCAAGCUGGAGAUCUGCAACCUGACCCCAGACACACUGACCAGUGAUGAGGUUGGCCGCUGGAGCUACCACCAGUUUGAGGGAAUUUGGAGAGUGGGCUCCACUGCUGGAGGCUGCAGAAACUACGCAGCCACCUUCUCCUCCAACCCCCAGUUUGCCAUCACGCUGGAGGAUGAGGACGAUGACCCCCUGGAUGAAGAUGGCUGCACCCUCCUGGUGGGGCUCAUGCAGAAGGACGGCCGAAAGGAUAAGAGUUUUGGCACUGACCUCAACACCAUCGGAUACGCCAUCUACAAGGUGCCUGACGAGUACAAGGGCCGCACCAACAUACACCUGGGGCCGGACGUGUUGCUGAGGCAGAAGGCGGUGGCCAUGAGCUCAACCUUCAUCAACACGCGCGAGGUGUGCGACCGCUUCUGCCUGCCCCCCGGGCAGUACGUCAUUGUCCCAUCCACCUACGAGGCGCACAAGAAAGGCAGCUUCCUCCUGCGGGUCUUCUCUGAGAAGCAAGCCGCAGCCAGCCAGAUGGACGAAGAGAUCAAAGCAAAAGUAGAGCAGCAUGAAAUCUCUGAGAAAGACGUGGACCCCCAUUUCAAACUCCUGUUCAAGAAGAUUGCUGGAAAUGAUUCUGAAGUGUCUGUUUUUGAACUUGUCGAAGUUUUGAACAGAGUUGUAUCCCAAAGAGCAGACAUCAAGACCGAUGGAUUUAGCCUUGAGACUGGUCGUCUCAUUAUCAGCCUUUUAGAUAAAGAUGGAAGUUCCACACUGGGCCUGGUUGAGUUCCAUAGUCUCUGGAUGAAGAUCCAGAAGUAUCUGGAAAUCUUCAAGAAACACGACCAGGACCAUUCUGGCACCAUGAGUUCCCAUGAGAUGAGGGGAGCUCUUUCGCAAGCAGGAUUCCAGGUAAACAACGACAUCCUACACAACAUUGUGGGCCGCUACGCCGACCAGGAGUACGCCAUAGACUUCGACUGCUUCGUGGGCUGCCUGAUACGGCUGGAGAUGCUCUUCAAAAUGUUUAAAACCCUUGACAAAGCUGGCAGUGGGAAGAUCGAGCUGGAUUUGUCGCAGUGGAUGUGUCUGGCAAUCCAUUAAAAGAAGAUUCAGAAGACCAUUUAUUUGCUGACCAUUGUGACGUAACAGCUAUACUGGAUCCACCAUGAAAUGUGUUGUAGAUCUUGUUUUGUGGAUGAAAUUAUUAUUAUUUUUGCUUCAAUGUGAUAUGUACAAGAGGUGUCGCAUGAUAGCUACUUUAGGCUAAAGCUACUUUUGUGGGCAAAAGUGGUAGCCUAUCUUCAACAUAAAGUUUUAAAUUAUAUCACAUCAACUUUUGAUACCUUUUGGAAUUACAAUUUCUUAACUGUUCAUUGAGACCAAUAAGCUUUUAAGUGUCCUUGCCACAGUUUGUUCCGGGUCUCACAGCUUUUAAAGAUGCACAACUUUGUGUGGUAUAUGACCUAUACUCUGUAUCCUGUAAUUGUAAUAAGAAUGUUUUAAAUCCACAUUUUGACCAUGUGUCUCAAUUGGUCUUUCAGACACAUUUAUUGUAGCUACAGCAAUGUUUCAAAUUCAAUAAUGCGCUCCCAAAGUAGGCUAUUCGGGGAUUUCCCCCGUCACCUCUACCAUAUCGAAUAAUCAUGCAAUGCUUCCAAACUGGAAUUCAAAGUUUGCUCCAACAGCACUGAAAACGAUUGGUGUUAGAAGACUGGUUGAUGUUGCUUUUAGGUUGAUUGAUUUAUUAAAGCGGUUAUGCUGGUUGUGUGUGA